AUGACGACCGUCAUUCGCACCCGUCACCCGUUGCAAGUUAUUAGCAUGAGCAACGAGCAGCCAGAGAGAAGGAAAAGCAAGCGCCUUGCCGGUGAGUCGGAGGAGCUCGGGGGGGAGGCGAGGAAAGUGCUAAAACGACGCGCAGCCUCAUCGCUUUACGACGAGCAGGAUGGCGACUUUCACUUCACGCGCGGAUCGAAAUCGAAGCGAGUCAGGAACGCGGAUCGCGAGCCAGAACCUGAAUCUGAACCGGCGCCACUGCCCCCCAAAAAGUCUGGAAGAGGAAGGCCGGCGAAAGAACGCGCUUCGGCAGCAGCGAAGGCGCCCGAGCCUGCGCCAUUAGCAGCAGCACUGAAGGCAGCGACAUCAUCAAAGCCGCGAACGCGACGGACAGCGGGCUCACAACCGGUUGAAGACGAUGAGCUGCAAUUAUUUGCGCCCAAGCGCACGACGAGACGAAACACGCGCAGUUCCACUGAAAGGACGGAGAAGGAAAUGCCUGUCAGGAAACCAGCACCAGUACUAGAGGAGGAGCAUGAUGAGGUUGACAACGCGACACCGAGGGAGCCGGAGCCGGAGCCGGACAGGCGGCAGACGCCACGCGUCAUGGAGGAACCCGUCGAGUCUGCGAAAAUCACGCUUCCCGUCAGCGAUACGCCUGUCAUCAAUCGCAACAAGGAAAUGAGAAAAAAAGGUGGAGGCAAUCGCCGGAGCAGUACGGGCAUGCGCGGCCGGAGAGCAAGUUCGCUGAUCGAGAGUGGGCAUAACGCGAUUCCCCACCGAGAGGUUGACGCUGCAGAAUUCUACAAACAUAUUGAGUCGGAGGGCCUAAUGGAACCAAGAAGGAUGAAGCAGCUGUUGACCUGGUGCGGUGAACGAGCCUUGCUGCAAAAGCCGCCUCAUGGGCAGACAGAUUCUAAUACUAUUCUAGGGGCUCGUUAUAUUCAGGAACAGCUCUUGAAGGACUUUUCCACGAAGUCAGAAUUUUCGGACUGGUUCAGUCGAGAAGACGAGGGGCCAAAGAGGCCCGUUGUGUACCUACCAAACCCACGCAACAUUGAGCACCAGGAGAAAAUUGAGCAACUUGAACAGAAAGUCAAAAGAUUAAAACAAGAAAAGAAGAAAUGGCUGGCGCUAAACAAAACGCGUCAAGAUAUCCCGCCACUAUUCCCAGAAACAGAUACUGCACGACCAGCAACAGCCGAUGCAUCCAUACUUGAACCGAACGAGGCAGAAAUGCUGAGCUGGCUCACUGACCCAGCAUCAUCGUUCGAAAAUGUCCGCGCCAAGACGCUCGCCCGCCUGCAAGACACGCAGUCAACGCUGGAGUUUAAGGUGGACCAGCUCGCGGACGGCAUACACAAGCUUUCUCAACGAGUCGACACAGCAGGCCGAGAGGCGGAUAAGGUCCUCUCUCUCAGCGCCGCGCGGCUUAAGGAGCGGGAGGUGAGAGAAAAAGCCAACGCAGGCACGAAAGAGAUGCCUGUCAUGGAGGUGCUCCGCAGCCUGGGGAGGAUACUACCAGAGGGCGGGGAAUAA